AUGAAAACAGUGAUUACUGGUAUUCUGCUCCUCGCAUUGGCUCUUUGUUUUGUUCUCGCCACUCAGGGAGGUGUCCUUGCUGAGACUCCAACCAUGACUGCUGAUUCAUUGAAUCACAGGAAACUUGUAAAGAAGGUGAAUAAAAAAUAUGGAAGAAAACUAGUUAAGAAGUAUCUAUGCAAGAAGGUGAGAAAGCUUAUCAGAAGAUUAAAGAAGUGUGUCAAGAAGAUUAAACUUUCCAAGAAAUUGAAGGCUCUCCUAAAGGCCAGAUUGGCUAAACUUGCAAAAUUGAGAUCUCAAAUCAAGAAGAUUAAAGUAUGCAAGCAUGGUAAAGGCGUCAUUAAGAUCUCCUUGAAGAGAAUUCUCAAGCUCAAGAAGCUAUUGAGAAAGUUGUUGAAAGGAAAAUGUUAUCCACCCAAGAAGAUUUAA